UAAAGCACAGCUUACGACGCUGAGCCCAGAGUUGCAAGAGAGGAAGGAACGCCAAGCCAAGCGUCGCUCUGUAUCCCUACCAAGACCCCCAUCAAAGCCUUGCCAUCAUGUGCCGAGGUUUAGCCGCGCUGCCCGCCAGCUGCUUAGAAAGAGCCAAGGAGUUCAAGUCCCGCUUGGGGAUUCUACUUCAUAAACCAGAGUUUGGCUGUAAAUUUGGAAACAUGGGCAAGGCCACAAAGCACAGAUACUCCUUGGAGGAAGUGCUUGGAUGGAAGGAUUCUUUUGAGAAUCUACUGAGGAGUAAAAAUGGGGUGGCAGCAUUCCAUGAGUUUCUUAAAACAGAAUUCAGUGAAGAGAAUCUGGAAUUUUGGCUAGCCUGCGAAGAGUAUAAGAGAACGCGCUCAAAAGGAAAAUUGUCAGCCAAAGCCAACAGGAUCUUUGAAGACUUUGUCCAAACUGAGGCUCCCAGAGAGGUGAACCUCGACCAUGAAACCAGAGAGGCCACUAGGAGGAAUGUUAUUGCUGCCACUUCUGAUUGCUUCGAAGAAGCCCAAGUCAAAACUCACACCUUGAUGGAGAAAGACUCUUAUCCGAGGUUUCUGAAAUCCGCCUACUACAGAGACCUGACAGAGCAAGCGAUGAGCCACAAAAUGAGCAAACCUGUGCACACUUGAGCCCACCUUGGAGCCAUUGCUUAAGACUGUGCUGGGGGGGAGAGAGAGAGACCUGGAAGGAGGAGACAGGAGCUGUAGUAGGAGAUGGGAUGAGCUUCUGAGUAGCAACUCUGGCUGGGACCUCUAAUGCUUCCAUGCACCCAGAAGCUCUCCUGAAGGGCAAGGGGGAACCUCCCUUGCACUUCAGAAGGGAGGCUUGGUGUGGAGAAAACAAGCUUGGGUGAAACGUCCUGGAGGAUGUAGUACAAGGAUUCCUUUGCUCUCUAGGCAGAAGGAAAAAGCAAAAGGAAGAUGAUGCUUGGACAACAAAAAUGGGAGGUUUGAAUUCCCCUCCAAACCUGUUUGCCAUCUGCUGUUGAAUGUUCUGUGUUGUGAACUCAUGAACACACAUCACUCAAAGUCUGUCAGCUCUCAGAACCCUGCCUCAACAUGGACCACAAACUGUACAUAGCACCUGUGGUUGUGUGAUUCUCAUCCAACGCAUACCAACUUCAGAAGCCUGCCACAGUUCUCUGCAUGUUUUUGCACUGCUGGCUGGAGGCUCCAGGGCUCGGCAUCAUAGCAACACUGGCGUCGCCUUGCAUUUGUCCCCAGAUGAAUGCUGCAUUUGCUUAACUCCAACAGUGUUCAUAGAUCGUUGUCUUCUGCCGUGCCAAGCAAGCUUUCUUCCAGUAACAUCCAUGGAAGGCACAUGGACUUGAUGUAUUGUACCUCUCCAAAUAUUAUAUGCAACCUUGGGUGAUGCACCCUGUUUUUAAUUAUUUAUAUUUAUAUUUAUUCAAAGAAAUAUAUUUAUUCUAUUUAUUUUUUAGGAAGUGCAUUGUAGGAGCACAGCACUUUAGAAUCAGGUGCUACAAACUCAUUGCAGUGAGGAAUCUAUAAAGUUGAAACCGGACCAGUGGACAAUUUUGCCACACUUACAUAAUAUGUUAAAAGUAUAGCCCUGCCAAUAGAUAAACAAACAGGAAGGGUUAAAUCGGCAAAAGGUUGAUUAGCCCACCAUACUUUCUGCUAUCCCAACUGCAUAUCCUUGUCAAUAAUCAUUUGUGACAAGAUAUGGGAUGGAGGAAUGGUGAGAGUUACGAUGCAGCAAUAGCUACAGCGUCACACAUUUCCCUACUAUAGAAUUCCUUUUUGGCUUCACCCGUUCUGGGUAAGCAUUUUCAUUACAAGCCCUGAUGAAAUGGAUGACAGUAUGCAUGCCUUUAAAAAUGGACAUGCAGGAGCCACACCUAAGUAUAUUGUGCCCAUCAUCUGACAAAUAUAUUUUGGAAAACAAUGUGGAGAAAUCUAGUGAGGAGUAGUCAAACCUCAGACCUGUAGCUGAUGCAUCCCAUCCAAAGCAUAGUAAUGUUGCUAAAAGCGUGGUAGCAAGUGAGCCUCAUAAUUUUUUAAUACAUUACAUGAUUUAAUUUCAGAGAGAGGGAGAAACAGUAUGCUGUUUAAAUAUAGAAUAUCACUUGUAUUUUUGCUCAGGAGGAAAAUAGUUACAUGUACAUUUACAUUUCACUGAACGAGUGAAAGGCAGAUUUACAUGUAGCCAGCGUUCCCUUUUUUGGUAUCCUGUUACAGGUUCACAUAACACCCCUUAAUGUGUGGCAACUAGUUUGUUGGUGCAGAAUUGGAAACAUCUACAUCAGUGUUUCUCAACAUUGGGGUCCCCAGAUGUUUUUGGCCUUCAAUGCCCCGAAACAGCUGGUAAACUGGCUGGGAUAUCUGGGAGUUGUAGGCCAAAAACAUCUGAUUAGCCCAAGUUGAGAAUCACUGAUCUACAUCUAUCAAUUCUAGGGCCAGCCUGGAUCAGAAAUGCUCCAGAGUGGCCCCAGAGGUGUUCAGAUGUUCCAUCCCUGACCUAGGACAACAGCGUAGUGGAGUCUACACAGUCCAGCCAGGCCAAAAGCAAUUUGGUCCGACUACUGUCACCUUUAACUGUUACCUCUGUCACAGUAACAGUUGUGGAGCUCUGGCUCAUCCCUGGGUGCAUUUGCUGAUGUUAUCAAAGGCACGUGGCAAUGGUCAGGAACUCUGCCAUCAUUUGCUAUGGUGAAGAGGUGACAUUGACCGAUUUAUCCCCUUUUCUUGUGCCGAUGAGCACAGGAACAGGGAUGGUGAUGCUGGCCUAUGUGGGCUGCACUGGAGCAGAUAAGUUGUCCACACCGCACAAUGUUUACUUUGAAAUUCCAGAGAAACUCCAGUUCAUUCCCCUUUCUAUGUCACAUGGGGCUAAAUCAGUUUAAUCUGCAUUAAGGACCAAAAGUCUCUCUCUGUUGUUUGGACUUCUGGUCCACUUCGGAUUUUAGAGUUAGUGUAGACAAUCCCGAAGACGGAGGUACAGGCCCACUGGAACUUCUUCCUGCAAGCAUCUGUCUAUACUGUCAUUCAUUCUGCAAUGUACUCCAAGCAGGCUUGUUGAGGACCGAUAGGGGUAACUAUUGAUGGAAAAAUUGAACCCUGAGUGGUUUAUUUGAAUCAAAUCUUACAUCCUGUCUCCUUCAUUUGCUUGGCUGCAGAGCAGAGUAUAUGCUCGCGCAACAUAAACCCAUCUAGAAUUGUUAAUGUGAUUUAAGUAUCCAAAGUGGCUGGGAAACUGUAAACGUACAACUACUAAGCAAUUUACUGUGCAAUUUAAAACUGUAGUCUGGUUCAUGAAUGUAUGGUCCUUGCUCAUUGACUGUAGCAUCAAAUGAUGUGUGAAUGAAUCAUUGUGGUGUAAUAACUGCAGACAUAAUGUUUGUAUUGUCAAUGUUAAGUUGAGUACAAAUGAUUUCUUUUGGAGUUGCUUUCCAUAUUCUGCUGAGUCUCACUUGGUAAUAAAAUGGUAAGACCAAAUAGUGUA